CCCUUGUAAAGUUUGAGGCUUUUUGUUUUAAAAAUAAUCCUUUUCGAUUUGGAUUAGCAGCUGCGUUGUGUACAAGGCUCAUUUUUGAGGGGGUGAAAACAAGUUUAUCUCCCCCCCGUUCCUGGAAAGUGGGUGGAGUUUUGGAUCCACGGACGACCGGACACUCCGCCUUUCGGUCCCCCGGUAUCCGAGCUUCCGUUGCCGGAUUCCAGGUUCUCACGCACCGGGCACCUCCACGGACGUCGAAUUAGUUUUGCCACUUUGGAGCAUCGUGGAUUAAGUUUUUCUCGAUUGAGUUUUCUUUUUUUAGACGUCACUCACACGUGCCACGUCUACACCUAACAUUCCGAGACUUUUUUGUUGUUGUUGCUUCUUUUCUGUCCUUCAUGGACAUCAACGGUUGCCAUCUUUGAGCCUAUCCCGGCAGCGGUCACCGUCCGCCGGACCCGGGAGCGAACAAAGUGCCUCGUCAGACUGACUCACUGGCUUAGUUUCAACACAAGUAUCCGAAGGAGGAUUAAUGACUUUUUUUCAGCGUCUUCCGCUCUAACUUGACUCAGAUACACUCAUCCGCCAGACAGCCGCCCGUCCGCCCGCCCUCCCUACCGACCUGCCGGGCCGGGUUGGGUUGAAUCGUGCUGCCGGCCUCGUCUCGGCCCCCCCAGUUUUUAAGGGCAGGUAGAAGGCGUGGCUGUAAACGGAGGCGAGCUUUGUUCUUCCACCAACACCUUGAGUUUGUUUAAGAGAAAGUCGACAUUCGUGUUGGUUUUUCUUCUUGGACUUGUAAUUCCUCUCAAAUGAGAAGCUCCGCUGGUCACGCUUACCGCUUCACGGUGUCGCGCGGAAUGAAAGCAGGGGAGUUUGUGACGUUUUGACGUAGGGCCGAGCGGAAAACAAUUGUUGUUUAAACAAAUAGUUCUUUACAAGUGAGCUCGUCGGGGUCAUGGCGCUGUCCCAAAUCCAAUGUCUAGACGACCACCACGUCAACUGGCGUGUGAGCGAGAGCAAGCCGGAGUUUUUCUACAGCGAGGACCAGCGGCUGGCUCUCGAGAAGCUCAUCACUUCGGGCCGCGGUGCGUUCACGGACUACCUCCGCGAGAACAAGGUUCGGGACUUCCUGUCGGAACCUGAGCUCGAGCGGAUCGCCCACACGGCCGAGCUUUACCGGCCCGGGUUCGAGCACCACCAGAAACCGGACACCCCCGGGGGCCACGCGGGGAUCCCCACGACCCCCGGGUCCGGGGAAGAUGGCGCUUUGGACGGCGAGGUGUCGCUUCAGUACUGGCCCGACCGCUCCGAAGCCUCGGUGGCGGAACUGGACCUCGGCUGGCCUGAAGCCAUCUCGUACCGUGGGGUGACGCGCGUGACCGUGUACACGCAGCCGCCCGCUUACGGUCAGUCGCACAUCAAGGAGGUCGUGCGCAAGAGUAUUGCUUCGGCCCAAAAGGUGAUAGCCGUGGUGAUGGACGCCUUCACCGACGUGGACAUAUUUCGAGACCUGCUGGACGCGGCCUACAGACGGAAAGUCCCCGUCUACAUCAUCAUUGACAUGGCGGCAGUGCCCUCUUUUCUUUCCAUGUGUGGCCGAGCUGAUAUGCAUCGUGGACACCUAAAGAAUCUUCGCGUGCGCUGCUGCGGAGGCGUUGAAUUCUUCACACGCUCAGCCCAGAAAGUUCACGGGUCCCUGAGCCAGAGGUUUCUCCUGGUAGAUGGAGACAGAGCCAUCUCUGGUUCCUACAGCUUCACAUGGUCCUCGUCCCGCUUGGACCGGAACCUCAUCACAGUGAUCACAGGACAGGCGAUGGAGACCUUCGACUUCCAGUUUCGGGAACUGUUCCUCUUGUCACGGAGCGUGUCUCUCAGCAAGGUUCCCAUGGUCGAUGAACCCGUCCCCGAUCCACUCCCUCAGGCUGCCCCUAUUGUCGUGCCAGCCACCGUUGCAAAGAAGCUCAUCAACCCCAAGUAUGCCCUGGUUUCCACGGGAACGCACACAAGUCCCACUUCUUCAGACCAGAACUCCAGCAACAAGAACUCGCAGGUCCCAGCCGGCUUGAAAAUUCGCAAGGCGCGUCUUAAGGACGUUGCAGAGGAACCGCCGAUCCAUCCGGCCUUGGUCAAUAUGGAGAAAGCCUACCUGAUUCCAUACCUCCCCACCUGGCCGGAACCGGACCCGCCAAGCGACGUGAUUGGUUUCAUCAACAUCAGGGACGAGAAACGAGGCAAUCAGGUUCACUUGCAGAGGUCCGAGCGCUUUGAGCUCAGUCAGGCCAUACGUUUCAGCUCUCCACUGACUCUGCCGAGUCCAACUGAGGAGUCCGGUCAGGGUGCGGAAGGUGAAACAAAACCUGAAUCUGGUGAUACUUUGACUCCUAUAAGAGCACCCAACAAAGAGCAGCAGGAAGACGCAACUCCAAAUAAAGACAGCGCUGAUGCAACAGAUUCCGGAGGGCCCCCGGACAAAAAUUCCGACGCUCUUCUCACACAGGAGACACAACAAACAGACGCUGCCCCUGCGGAGCCUCAGCCGGGGGACAACUCCGGAGACACACCAGAGACACAAGAGGUAGCCCCUCCAAUCCCUAAACGACGAACGCUCCAAUUGGUGAUAGAGCCAGCCCCCUUGGAUCAGUCCGCCGAAGCGCAGGUCACCCUGGUUAAAAUGGACAACACGGCGCGCUCCUCCAACAACAACAACAACACCCAGGAGGAGGGCGCCGACUCCGGCAGCAACGACAACGACAGCCAGGACAGCACCAAGGUCAUCUGCGACCGAGCAGCCGUGGACGACCCGUCCAGCGCGUCCACGGCGUCCGAUGAAGAGUACUACGACUGCUCCCAGCAGCAGGCCGGCGACCCGUUGGUCGACAGGGUCAGCACGGGGUCCGGCCGUGGCCGCCGGUUAAUGGACGGCGUCAACAUGAUGGCCCGCCUCUCUCAGAGCAUGCUGGACCUGCGGGAGCCCAGCAAGACCGAAGACACCGCCGCCCUCAUCCGCCAGUCGCAGCAGCUGCGCAAGCAGGGCCACAGCUCGCCGCACAGGCGCUUACGACAUAUGUUCCCAUCAUCGAAAUCGCCCGGCCGCGACGGGAGGCCGAGAAGCACAAAAGUUGUCAUUUCCAAACCUGGGAGCUUCCACCGACCCCACCGAGCCAUCGGCCCCGUGAUCGGAGGACACCGCUACUGGCACGGACAACUGCUACAUCCGGACGCCGCCUUGACGCGCACCGAGACUCGAUCGAGCCGCUCGCCGCGUCGCCACAACCCGAGCUACAGCAAGGGGGCCAACGCUUCCUCGCCAUCGCGGGCGGCCAAGAUGGCUGAUGGAAUCGCACCUCCGUCCAACCUGAACAAUUUUAGACUUUUGAAGGGACGAGGUGGAGCCUCGCAGAAGAAAGUGUCUCAAAACAGCAACAAGGCCUCCAGAUAGAAAUGGUGGCCGUUCCAGGUACUCCAAGAAUGCUCGUCGAUGUCGACAUGCUUUUACGAUGGCUGACGCUUGGUAUAAGAAUGGAAUCUUGUCUGAACGUUCAAGCUCUGACCACGUGUAAAUGAAUGUAGAUUUAGAUAUCUUGAACGAGGAAUUGAAUGUAAAUGACUUACAAUACCCUCGAGGUGAACUGUAAAUAUAAGUGCGCAUUCGUUUUACUGGAUUGAUACUUAAUAAGGCCGUCGUUACAAAUGAUUUUUCAUUUUACCUGAUCCUCUCGACAUUGACUCUUUUAGACGUUUGCACUGUAAAUCUCUUAACAUACAAAACCCACGCACGUACCGUGCGCUGUGAACCGGCAAUGUGAGCCGAGUCAACGAGCCGGGUUGUAAAUGACCCUGUGCUGUAAUCACUCCGAUUGGUCGCUGAUGUGUGGGGGCGGGGCUUGAUGUUAGCAACAUUUGCCUUGUUGGCGUGUUGUUUAUUUACAUGACGUGGGACCAAAAGUGAAAGUUGCGAAUAAAACGAUUUUGUGGUGA